CCUUGCGGGCUCUGUUCCCCUACAACAACAUUACACGGAAAGGCCCCGCAGGCUUGAUCUGUCUCCAUCUCAGCACCAAGACCGCCCAUACACAGAAUCCUAUAUUGUUUGCUGAAAGCGGUCUAUGUCUCGAACAAAGCUUGGGGGAUUCCAAGUGGCUAAAGAAUUCAACGACAAAGCAUCAAACCUUCUCACUAGGGGGUGCAGACGCGACGUUGACCCCUGCAAGGCUACAGCAAGAGGUCAAGAGGCAACUCGUUUUACCAUGGACCCAGAUCCUGUGUUUAUUCCUCGAUUCCGUCCCUGACAUCCAAGCCGCAACAAACUUAUUACAGAGACCACGUCGACAGCUUACAAUUGGCGAUGAGGUUGUUCCCGCUCCCCUGCAGGUAGUCAUCGUCUUGACCAACAGUCAACAUGUAACAGAAGCUUUCGCACAGGAAUGCGCUCAGCUCCAAAAGCUCGAUACUGGGACAGUCACGAUUCUGGACCUGCGUCCACGUCACGGGCUUUCAGAUAGCGUCGUUUUCCAGCCACUGCAAACAUUGAUCGUUAAGCAGCUCAGUAUAGUCCAGGCCGAGCGAAUUUCCAAUUGUCGACGCUUCUCGGCGUCUCAUCUGAGCGCUUUCUGGAGCACUGGCGUACAAAGCCACGAAAGGCUCCUGCAUGCACCACCAUUUGAUCUUUUGGAAAGAGCCCGAAGGGACUAUGUGAGGAACAAAACGAUGGACGAUUGUCUUCGAGAGGUUAUGCAAACAUGCAUUGGCUACUCAAAGGAGGACUUUGAUGACCUUGUAGCCUCGGCCUUCUUGAUGGACGCCUAUCCCCCUCAAAUGCAUGGAUUCUCGCCUACCGUGGUGUUCGCUGCACUUUAUGAGAAGCGAUGCCUAAGUAUUUGGGACAAUGAGUUCAAAUACCAUAUUGCUGGCGUUUCAUCCCGCUUCGUACACCACUUUGUGCAAUUGAGCGCAGUAAAGACAUCGGCAGCCAUUCGAAAAGAGACGUUGUGUCGCUUGUAUCGCCGGUAG